CCGGUUGCCGGUGGUGUAGUGUACUCGGUACAGUGCGUUCAAAAUAAUGUUGCAACCAAAACAGACGAGACAAUCAGAGUACAACUAUGGAAUAGUUUAUAGUUAAGUUGGAUUUAAAUAUCCCUGAGCUCUUUUGUAGGUGGAAACGUUUUAAAGUCGGCAUUAUGUUAAGAUAACGGCUAUGAAGCUUUGCCUGACUGUCCACUAGCGAUUUUGAGGGACGGUAGUUUCUAAAGCUAGUUUCCCUAAAACUCUGUACCUCGGUCACGUUGAACAUUAAACUCCCAACAGGAGCGAUACCGGAGAGCAGUAACUGGUUCGUUCGCCUCGCCGGUGCUGCUGCAACACCCAGAACUGACGGAGGAGAACCAGCAGACCGACACGGCCUACGACUAAUCCUGGUGGAAUAACACGCCACUGAACUGUUUUACACAAGUCUGUGGCUUUAAUACUUGGAGAGCAGAGCCUCUUCGCCAAUGGCAAGUCCGGUUGCAGACAUCGGACCGUCUCAUCAGCAUCACCCUGUGACCGAGUCCGCCGCAGACUCUGCGUUUCAGGAGGCACAGAAAUGGAUAGAGGCUGUGACAGGAAGAUGCUUUGGUGACAAGGACUUCAGAGGAGGUUUGGAGAACGGGAUACUCCUAUGCGAGUUGCUGAGCUCUAUUAAACCAGGCCUUGUGAAGAAAAUUAACAGACUUCCAACACCUAUUGCUGGCCUGGACAACCUCAGUGUGUUUCUGCGAGGCUGUGAGGAGUUGGGACUGAAAGGCUCUCAGCUGUUUGACCCUGGAGACCUGCAGGACACAUCGACACGCCCCACUGCAAAGGGAAGUGACUGCAGCCGAAAGCUCAAGAAUGUUUUAAUCACCAUCUAUUGGUUGGGUCGAGCUGCUAACAGCUGUACCUCCUACAACGGGCCCACACUGGACCUGAAAGAGUUCGAGGGCCUGCUGUCACAGAUGCGAAAGGAGGCAGAGGAGGCAGAGAGCCCUAAACGUAGCAUUCGGGACAGUGGCUACAUCGACUGCUGGGACUCAGAACGCAGUGACUCUCUCUCCCCACCACGGCACGGCCGCGAGGACUCGUUCGACAGCCUGGACUCCUUCGGCUCACGCUCACGACAGACUCCGUCGCCGGACGUCCUGGUCCCCCGUGGCAGCAGUGAUGGCCGCGGCAGCGACUCAGAGUCCGACGGCCCCCCCCACCGGAAGAUGCCAGACGUCAGAAAAGACGACAUGUUGGCACGGCGGACUUCCAUUAGCGAGCCGCGCACUGCUAUGCCCUUUAACCAGUACCUGCCUAACAAAAGCAACCAGAGUGGAUAUGUGCCCACGCCACUUCGCAAGAAGAGGAACGACAAAGAGGAGGGAGGACGCAAGAGCUGGAGUACCGCUACUUCACCUGUAGGAGGAGAGAGACCAUUCAGUCUACAUGUUAUCCCUAGCAUAGACGCCCCACCUGGAGAAUCCCCCACCCUGUCCCCUACCUCGCCUCUUAAACCUCAGGUACAGAUUCAGAGGGAGAUCCAGUCUGUAAAGGAUGAUGAGAGGGGCGAUCGACCUGCUUCCCCACCUUGCAUUGAGAUCCAUGCAGCAGGUGGGAGGAGGAGCAGUGAGCCGCUGCCCUAUAGCCUCCCCCAGCCCCAUGCAGAGCCCCCAAAGGAGACACACCAGAUGGUCACCUCUGAGCAAAGUACUCCAGCCCGCUCUUGCUCCGAGGAAUUCUUCAACCAGUCAACGACUUUAGCAGGAAACGCAGCAAGCCCCGUCACCACGACCAGGAAACAUCCACCUGUGAAAGAAGACAUCUCUUCCCUGUCAAGUGCAGAUGUGGAACUGGAAGCGCUGACCUCUCCUAAAAACAUCACCACCUCCAGCCUCUCUAACUUCCUUCCUGUGCCCGCUGCCAUGGCAACUGCUUCAACAGCAACAACAGAGGCAGGCAGACGGAAGGGGAGGGCACUGAGUGAGAGUGAUGACCAGCAAGGAUCUUGGUUGGACAGUGAUCUUCCAGCAACAUUCAACAUCACACAUAGUGUGUCAGAUGACCCACAGAGCGUGAGUAUGAUCGACAUGCGUGGUGAGGAAGAUGCCCUCAUGCAGCCCCACAGUCAGGUUCGACAUGAGCUGAUGCACAACCAGUACAACAAGAUGAAGGAAGAGGAGGAUCACUGGCAGGAUGACCUGGCCCGAUGGAAAAGCAGGAGGAGGAGUAUAUCCCAAGACCUCAUUAAGAAGGAGGAGGAAAGGAAGAUGAUGGAGCGGCUGAUGUCAGGAGACACCUGUAUCUCUGAGAGGAGGAGGAGCAUCAAGACCUACAGGGAGAUAGUCGAGGACAAGGAGCGCCGUGAGGAGGAGCUGCGUAACGCCUACAGAAAAGCAAAAACCCCAGAGGAGGCUUCAGCCAUCCUCCAACGUUAUGCCCAGCGUUUCUCCAUCAGUGAAGCAGUGCUGGAACGCUUACAGCUGCCAAAGCUGCUGGACCGCAGCAUAUCCGCUGAUCCCUCCUAUCCCUGCUCACCCUUCCCUCUCUCCCUGUCCCCUUCCCCAUCGACCCCAGACCCCUUCGACAUGGACCCUAAUGGGCCAAUGAAAUAUCUGCGCCAGCAGUCUGCCCCAGCUCCAAAGUUCACGUCUACACUGGAGGCACGAGUCGAGGAGUUUCCCAAAGACUCCUCACACCAGCGGCCUCAGAUUCGAUCUCGCUCAUCUGAGCCGCCAUCCACCAGAGUUCUGUCGCCAAAACCGGUGCCUUUGCUGACGCCUAAGCCUUACUUCCAGUCCCGACCCACAACAACUGAACCAUGCAAGGCGGAUGGUUUGCUUCGAGUCAACGGCGACAUAGGAAGUGCUCCAACCUCACCUGAAAGUCAAGGAAGGGAAUCUCCUCCACAUUUCCAGGCAUCAACUUCCAAUACCAGCAGCAGCCCUGUAGACGCUCCCUCAUCAGCAGCUGCCACAACGAACAGUUCGCCUGCCUCAACAGGAGAAAGCCUGGUGUCAACAAAAGAGGCCCAAAGUGGAUCAAAGACAGCCUCUAAGGAUGUCAGAGAAGAAAAAGUUAUUGAGCACUCAUCACCCAGUCGGCCGACCUCGCUUCCAUCGGAGCUGCAGAAGCCAGAGGAAGCUUUUGGGAGGACUGAAAGUCAGUCUCAGUCAGAGAAAUCUAAUGCAGCUGCUCAGCAGAAGGCCCGUGCAGAAGUCAAAAAAGAACAAACUAAAACAGAACGUUCUGGUCAAAACAUCCCAAGCCUUGUCCAGCCAGAAGUCAGCAAACAGCAAAGUCAGACAGUCACUUUACAGGCAAGUGCUCCCAGUCAUCAAGAGUCAUCUCAGAGGAGAGAGGAUUUACCAAGCUUGGCUGCACCGGGAUCAUUUGUAUAUCACCCACCAAAGGAAACAGCAGCAGAAGGGACGGAGAAGGAUUGCCGUGGAAACGUGUCAGUGCCGGUGUUGCCCCAGGCCAGGCGGGGUGACCGCUGGUCUUGGGACCCGGAUGAGGAGCGAAAGCGUCAGGAAAGGUGGCAGCAAGAGCAGGAGCGCAUGCUGCAGGAAAAGUACCGGCGUGAGCAGGAGAAGCUGAAGGAGGAGUGGGAGAAAGCACAGAAGGAGGUGGCAGAGGAGGAAAGGAAAUAUCACGAGGAGGAGCGGAGGAUACUGGAGGAAACGGUGACCCCUCUGACUCCCCGCUCCUCGGCGCUGCCCUCCCCAAGCAGAGGCGAGCUCUCCUCCAGCUCGGCCCCCCAGGACACCAUCGUCCGCUCUCUGGCUGACUGGGAACGCAAGCAGGAGCUGCUAGAGAGGCAGUCGAAGGCGAGCACAGAGAGUGUGGAAUGGAGAAGGCGAGAAAACGACAGGACCAGUGACAUCAGCACUGCUGACGAAAGCAUGAAAACAGCCAGAAGCUCGGUGAGUCAGAGCAUCAGUCAGCCAGAAACAUUCGGUCACACCCUGCAGAAUGGCCAAAAACUUCCCCAGAUGUCUGCCAAAACUUCAACUCCUGUGAAGAAACAACAACAGCCAACAGCAGAUAUCAGCAAGCCUGGUCGACCUGCAGGAGACAGGAGGAUUGGUCCCAUUGAUAAUAACAAGGGACGCAGCUCAUCCAAACCCCCCGCUGCAUGUCCACCACCCUCAGACACACUGCCUCCAGCACCCAACAGGUCUGUCAGUGGGAAGAAGCUUUGCUCCAGCUGUGGACAGCCAUUAGGAAAAGGGGCAGCCAUGAUUAUUGAGACCCUCAGCCUUUACUUCCACAUUCAUUGCUUUAAGUGUGGAGUGUGUAAGGGACAGUUAGGUGACACGACCACGGGGACAGACGUCCGGAUCAGAAACGGCCUCCUUAACUGCCACCAGUGCUACAUCCGCUCCCGCUCGGCCGGACAGCCAACCACGUUGUGACCCUGGACAGAAAGCACAAGAUUCACAGAUGAAUCCCCCAUCUCUUUUUAAACCGAUUAUCUGCAAAUCAUGUCCUUCACAGCGUGUCGGGAUCUUUGCAUCCUCUGCAGUUCUAUAAACAAUGAAGAUUCAUCAUGGUGGGGGGCAGACAGGGAUCCGGGGAUGGUCUUGAGAAAAAAAAUAUCUGUUCUUCGUGUUUAUGUCAUCUGAGACGUGAGUGAAAUCUGGAUUUGAUUGGUCCAAGCACCACCACAGACUCUGUUUCAUCAUGAUGCAAGAGAGAGAGAGGGAGGGAGACUGUUCUGGGGCGGCGGCCAUGUUGAAAAGAAAACACGAUAACUGUUACAGAUGCAUCAAACACAGGUGUAGAGUAAACACAGAGAGAGACAAAGUGUUCAGGUCUCAGUUAAGUAGAAUCAGAUUCUAUUUUCCUGGUUGGAGCCAAUAUUCACCAUUUAAUUCCAUCUAAUGGAAAUGCAGUAUAUCAAAGGAGUCACUUUUUUAUCAUCAAAGAAAGAUUUUAUUAUGUAGUGAUCAAAAUAACUGGAGUAAAAACUGAAGAGGUGGUGAGGCAGCUCAGACAGGAUUUUUUAUUUUCUAUCAGCAGGCUGGAAUGAAAAAUACAAAUGAUACGCCCCUUAUAGAAGUACUUAAUAAAAACACAGAAACUUCAUUUAUAAAGUGCAAUAAAGGUCACUAUAAAUCCUCUAGAUUCAAAGAUAUAAUAUUUACAGUAAUCCAUAUUAUUUGCUCCUUUUGCCCUCACAGUGACCUCGUGUGUCUCUUCUUCUGUGCUCUUUAAUAAAAUUAGCUUCUUAUAUAAACAUAUUAUGGAUGUAGUUACAUCUUUAGGGCAAUAACUCGACUUGAGAGCUGUGUCUGUGAUUUUCGGGUCACAGCAGGUUGCUCCUCGGUCAGCUCGGAGAGUCAGGACUUCAAUGUGCCUUAGAGAAAAAGCAAGGUGAUGCAGGAAAUAAAAACACCAGCUGUUUGGUGUUUUUAUUUCUCCUUUCUUCUUUUAUUUUCUUGAGGGUGUAGGGAGGGAUUUUGGCCAAAUUUGAACUCUUAAACUGCAGACUGCAGCCCUCCCGUACAUCAUGCUUUACUUCAGUUGAUAUGUACUGUUUUAUUUUAUGUAAACAUCUCUUAAUUUCCCCUGCCGAUGAUUCUUCAGUGAUUUGCAGUGAUACAAACAAGCAGUUCAAAGAUACACAUUUGUUUUCUAUCCUAUAAAAUCCACAGUAUAGUAUGUAAAGCAGGUGGGAACCAUUGAAUUAAUUUUGAAUGUCUUAUUCUAGAGCGAUAUAGAUGCUGUAUGAUAUUAAUUGAGGUAAUUUUGAUAAUUUCUCAUGGUAGGAUUCAUUUAUAAAACCUUUAAAAGAAUAUCACCAGUACAUGUUAAAUAUUAGAGAAGCCGCAGAGGUAAAAUGAUCAAACAUACCAGCAGCAGCUGCACCAGUGCAAUAUUUGGUUUGAUAAAAUUGAAAGAUCUGUGCCGCCAGCUGCACAUUUGAAAUCACUUUUUUUUUUCUUUCCUUUUUGAACUUGUAAGAGAAGAGCUCGGUUAUGUAUCGUGGAUGUUUAAGAAAAUGCACGUUUAAGCCUAAAACCAAAUGAUUUGCUGUAUGAAAGCAAACUAGCAGCCUCCUCCUUUAGCGAUGCUUCACCUCCGGGUUCAUCUCUCUCUGAUCCACAGUAUUUUUAAGCUUCUGUUCUGAUUGUGUAUUUUUAUUUUUUAUCCUCAUUUAGUUCAUAAAUAAAUCUCAUCUGAGUCUCUUAUAGCGGGAUCUUUGAGACAGAGCUCUAUAUCCAGACGGUCUUCUUAACAGGAUAGUUGGGGAAUGAAACCUUUUAUGUCUGUUCUGUAUUUAUUGUAAUAUUCACCUGAACACUAUCCGAUUAUAGGUUAAUUUGAUGUUUAAAUGCAAUGGCAUUUAUAGCAUACUGUAUGUUUAUAAAUAAAAUGUUAUACGUUUAA